ACGGCCAUGGGCUAUCGAUGACUGUAGGUCUUGUCUCCAACAUUCAAUUGGGAUUUCUCUUAUUAGGUGGAAUAGAUGUGGUGGCAGCGACGAUGGUCAGUAUUAUCAUCCAUGCCAUACUAAUGGGCAUCGCCACCUAUCACGGUAUGGGCCUGCACAUAUGGCAAUUUACACCGGAACUCAACUCGGAAUAUUAUCUCUGGAUCGGCAUCUCCUCGGAAUUCUACGUGACGAGUCUAGCCGGCUUCAAGUGCGCUCUACUCCUGCUCUAUCUGCAGCUCUUCGGCAUCAAUCGCAAGUUCAGAAUGGCAUGCUAUCUCACCAUGUUUUACACGCUCGGCUAUCUGACUUGCAACGCCCUUACCGAGUUUUUUGGUUGCCACCCUAUAGCGAAAAAAUGGGAUGACGACCUUCCCGGAUGGUGUAUCAACAGAGUUGUAGUAAAUAUCAUUUACGGAGCUGGCCACAUGACGAGCGACCUCAUUAUCGGCAUCCUACCCCUGGUAAUGGUAUGGAGGUUACAGUUCCGAACGACGAGGCAGAAGAUUGGGCUCAGCCUCGUGCUUAGCUGUGGUCUUGUUGCCUGGGCUGUGGCCUGUAUCCGCUGGGCGUUCUCGACGUACGACUCGUUAUCCUAUGACCGUCCUUGGUGGUCCGGCAUUAGUUUCACCUUCUCUAUCCUUGAGGUGAAUACAGGACUUAUUUGCGCCUGCACAGCGACCUUCGGUCCGUUAUUCAACAGCUUCUCUUCACAACUUAGAUCGUGGUCCGAUCGAGCGACAGCGAGUUUGCAGAAUAACUCCCAAAAGGCAACGGCGAGCUGGCGUAGUUCUCGACACGACAGGGACCAACCUACUUGGAGACACAAUAGUCUCUCCGGCGACUUACCCCUGAUGCCGCCUGUUGCCCAUAAAAAAAGCCACAGCAAUAGCUUGGAGGAUGGUUCAUACCGCAUGGAGUCAAUUGUCACCUCAAACGCGAUACCACCGUCAAGUGCCAGGUUAGAUGACGAAUUUGCUCAGUUUGAUCUCCAGGGGCUGCAAGCGCUGCACCUUGACGAUGGGAAGAUGGUGUAAAAGAUCAAACAUCCCCGUUGACCAAGUAAUUAAUCCCAGGGCUAGGGAUCCUAUGAUUUCAUCCGCUGACGCAUGAAAUAUCAUUAGAUCAGCUGCGACACCGUUCUGCGCUUCGCCUUAAGGCUUCGAUGCGGUGUGACAUAGCUAAGCCGGGCCAUGCCGUCGUCGCCACUUGUAUCUCACACCGGCAAUUAUUUUUAGGGGUGAUAUCUAGUAUAUUUAUCCACCACUCAAUCAGAAUAGCGCAGUGAGGAUUAGAGACAGGCUUGGAGGCGCUGACGGUAAGGAAAAUAAGGAAUCAUGUCGUCAAUUCUAUGGAUACCCCUUUUUGUUAGUGGAUUAGGGCGGUAAAUUUAGGUUCAAAAUAUAUACAUAGUAUAAUGGUAAUGGAUAAUAUUAUGUUUAAUAUCUUCAUGAAUUGAAUCGAGGUUUAAAUUGU